CCGCCCGUGACGUCACCCGUCCCAGCUCGACCCUGCUGGUGUGGCUUUGAUUGGAGGGAAACCCCGUGGACGAGCGGGAGAGCGAACAUCAGCUGUGCGGCCCGAGAAAUCAGGAAUCGGGAAGCCACACGCAAGCGCCGAUUUAACAACGACCACAGGAGCCAUGGUAGACAAGGAGACAGAGGUCCAGAGGGCCAAACUGGCCGAGCAGGCCGAGCGUUACGACGACAUGGCCCACGCUAUGAAGUUGGUGACGGAGAAAUGUUGUGAGCUGAGCAAUGAGGAGCGCAAUCUGCUCUCCGUGGCCUACAAAAACGUAGUGGGCGCCCGGAGGUCCUCGUGGAGGGUGAUGUCCAACAUUGAGGGUAAGGCAGAUGAGCUAUGCAAGGCCAACCACGCCAAGGAGUACAAGCAGAAGAUAGAGAAGGAGCUCAACGACAUUUGCCAUGAGGUUUUGGGACUCCUCGACAAUUACCUGAUUAAAAAUGCCCAGGAUUCUGACAGCAAGGUCUUCUACCUGAAGAUGAAGGGCGACUACUACCGCUACCUGGCCGAGGUUGCCUGUGACAAAAAGCAAGAAAUCGAGUGCUCAAAAGAGGCAUACCAGAGUGCCUUGGACAUCAGCAAAAAGGAGAUGCAGUCCACUCAUCCCAUCCGCCUCGGCCUGGCGCUCAACUUCUCAGUCUUCUACUACGAGAUCGUCAACUCGCCCGAAGAGGCCUGCAAACUCGCCAAAAAUGCCUUUGAUGACGCCAUUGCCGAACUGGAUAGUCUCAGCAGCGACUCCUACAAAGAUAGCACUUUGAUCAUGCAGCUGCUUCGUGACAAUCUAACUCUAUGGAUGGCUGACACACAGAAUGAAGGCGAAGACGCCGACGCCCAAGCAGAGGUGACGCCAGAGGCCGACAACAACUGAAAUCCUCCGUAACAUGAAAAAACAGGAAAGCUUAAAA